CCCCCGUCAUUAUGCAAAGCAGAGCGGCGAGGUGCGCUGGGAGGCUAUAAAAGGGGAGCGGCCGGGUCUGGGUGUUUACUCCGCUUAGGCUGAGCCGGUUGCUGCACCGGGCCGGCUGCGCUGCGCUCCCGCGCUGCGCUCCCACGCGCCGGGCACCAUGCGGCUGGCGGGGGCAGCCCUGAUGCUGUGCGCGGCGGCGUGGCUGGGCCCCCGGGCGGGCGGCUUCCCGGCCGGCAGCAAGGAGAGGAAGGUGCAGUUCGCCUCCUGGGACGAGGUGAACGUGAUCGCGCACGGGCUGCUGCAGCUGGGCCACGGGCUCAAGGAGCACGUGGACAAGACCAAGGGGCAGCUGCGGGAGCUGGGCGGCCGGCUGAGUGCCCAUAACGGCUCGCUGGGGCUGCUGCUGCGCCAGACCCGCGAGGCGCAGGAGCAGGGCGGGCAGCUGCGGGCCGCCGUGCGGGAGCUGCAGGGCAAGGACCAGGAGCUCUUCAGCCUCUCCGAGGCGCUGCGCGAGAAGCUGCAGCAAAUGGCCGGGGACAAGGCGGAGAUCGCGGGCCGGCUGGAGCAGCUCGAGGGCAAGAUCCGGCAGGUGCUGCAGGGGCGGCCCUCGGAGAACCAGAGUGGCACGGAGCUGGGCACGCUGCAGUCCCUAAUGGAUGCUCAGAACAGGAGAAUCGAGGCGCUUUUGCAGAAGGUCAAACAGCAGCAGUACAAGCUGGACAAGCAGAACCUGCAGAUUAAAAGCCUGCAGAGCAAAGUCAAUCUGUUGAUCCCUCUGCAUCUUAAGGACAACAAAACUCAGAGUCUAAAGUGGAGGAUAGACCUGAAGAAAAGCAUCAGACCCACCAACCAGAGCCAAAACACCAGCGUGGAACCUGCACAGCCACAGAAGCUCCCACUGGACUGCCAGCAGCUCUUCCUGGCAGGGGAGAGAAGAAGUGGUGUGUUUCAGAUCCAGCCCUUUGGAUCUCAGCCUUUCAAAGUCUACUGUGACAUGACUGCUGAAGGUGGCUGGACGGUGAUUCAGAGGCGUCUGGAUGGCUCCAUGGACUUCGACCAGCUUUGGGAAGCCUACAGGAAUGGCUUUGGAGACCUUAGCGGUGAUUUCUGGUUGGGCCUGGAGAAAAUAUACCACAUUGUCCAAGAGGGAAGGUACAAUCUUUCAAUUGAGCUGCAAGACUGGGAAGGAAACUCUCAGCUUAUUCAGUUCCUAUUCAGCCUGGGUGGAGAGAACACCGCCUACACACUCAGUCUCCUUGGACCUGUGUCAGGAGAGCUGGAAAAUGCUCUUGGGGACUUCAGACAGCUGCCCUUCUCCACUCGAGAUCAGGACAACGAUUUCAAAGCUGACACUAACUGUGCCAAGCACCUGUCAGGAGGCUGGUGGUUCAGCACCUGUGGCCAUGCUAACCUCAACGGAAAGUACUUCCGCUCCAUCCCCCGCCAGAGGCAUGAGCGGAAACAGGGCAUCUUCUGGAAGACAUGGAAAGGGAGGUAUUACCCACUGAAAUCUACCACCCUGAAAAUCCAACCCACAGAGCUGGAAACAAUCCUAACCUAGCUGCCACUUGAAAGACUAAAAGGAGUGCAGAUUUGCAGCUCUGUAACUUGGUGUUUACAGAAACCAGAAAUGCAACCCUCAGUGACAGUUCAGAGAGGAAGCUUUCCUCACAUUAGCAGCUCUUUAGCUGGCAGAGUCUAGCCUGGAGCAAUGCAGCAACAGGCUCUUCCUGUAGGUAUAACCACUUAGUGUUACCGGGGUCCAAUGAACUCAAAGGAUGGGAGCUCCCAGAAUGGGCGAGUAGCCCUGAACAGGGAGAAGGGUUACUGUGGAAAGCACAAGCUGGGGGAGCAGUCACAGACCAGUGCUGCUGCUGUCCAAGUCAAUGAUGUACAAAGCUUUGUCCUAAGUCUUAGUUGAUCAGUUACCUUUGCUGUUAAAGCCACUGUGUUUUCAAGGGGCUCGCUUGGUCCCAGCACUGAAGGUGGGGAGAGGUGAGGUGAAUAGGGUCCUCUUAUAACCUAGAUAGAACAGCUGCACCCUGGGCCCAUGUGCCACCUUACUCCUCUCCUCUCACGGGGAUUCCCAACUGGAGGAGGUUCACAAAGCCCCCAUGAGCCAAGAGGCUGCUGAUACUGUCAGGCUUUUCUUCUAGGAUAGCUCCCUGCUGGGCUCUGAGGUUUGGAGCCGUGGUCAAGUGCUGCUGCCAAAAAUCCAUCCCAUUCCCCCCAGAACAGCUGACUAGAGACCCUCCUCUUCUGCCCCACCUCCAGCCAUGGCAGGUCAGUUACAUGCAGCAGCAAAUAUAACUCAUGUCUGACACCUUGUUUCUCAUGACCUCUGCCCAGCUGCCCCCCUCUCUCCUCAGUUACUUAAACCCCAUUUGACUGUUUUCCUCCAAGGGGAAGGUUCUGGGAGCCCCUCUUGAGGAGCAGGGACUGAGGCCCAUCUAGCUUUCUUCAUCCUCAAAGAUUACAUGCAACUCCUCCUUCCUGGCCUCCCCACCUGGGAAGAACAGUUUCAGGAUUUCACCCAGUAAUUCCUCCAAUUGCCUGUUACCAGGAGACCAGACUAGAUCAUAGAUGUCUGUUUGGCUCUGAGAAUCCUGAGCUUCAGAGAGAGCCUAACAGUGCUGCUCCAGUCAGCUAGAACAGCCCCUAGAGUGGCAUGAGGGACAGUCUGCCCUUGGGCAUGGGCCCAACCCCGCCUCUCCACCCUGAAUUCCCAGCGAGGGCUGUGCAUCUCUUCCUUCACCGUAUCCUGGAGGUUUAGUUUCUUGAAAGAUUCCAAAAUCCCAGUGUGGACUAGACCCUGUCCCCUGGCUGUGACCUGAAAUUGAAACUCUCUCUCUGAAAGGUGAGGUCCAGUAGGGUUCCCCCAAGAUGCUGGGAGCAGCAUCAAUUGCACAUGGUGUCUGCCCCUAAAUACUGCACAGAUUAUUCUGGUAUCUUCAGCAACUGGAUUUGAGGAUUUCCCAGAGUAUCUUAGAGGCAGGGAGCAGGUGUGCUGGGGUGCGUCUGAUCUUUGGGGAGACCCUGGGUAAAGUGGUGAUCACUGAAAAACUGUUACAGGCCAAGUUUCCCUCUUGGGUGUUCCCAAGUAUCCUGCCCUAUUUGAGUCAUAUUGACUGACUUGCUAGAGCUCUUAGCUGCUGAAUACUGUAAAUAGUCAUUUGUAGAAUGCUGGAUCUUUUUAAUGAAUUUGCUGUUUAAUUUGCUUCUGUAUUUAAAUGCAGCGUUAACAGUGUGGUCUAAUUUAUAAAUGUUGGGUUUGAAAAAAAUUGAGUAGUUUGUCUGUUUUCAGCUCUUAACCUUUUUAUACUAAAAUCUGACUUUCUGCAGAUGUUGUCGUUUAAUAAAACCCACCAACCUGA